ACAACAUCAUUAAACUUAAUGCAGUGCUGUGCUGACAAAAACAGAGGAGCUGUGUCCUUCCCUCCUUUCUCAAGCAAGAGAAAUUAGCAUGAAAUUUGAACAAGUUUUUAAGUUAUUUGCUGCUUGCCACUUUGUCUAUGACAGUGCAGACUAUCUCAAUGAUGGCAAGAUUGAUAAGCUAGAGGAAGACAUCACAAAUUUUCUUCAGUUCCUUAGGGAAAAAUUUCCAGACAUGACAAUCACACCAAAGCUGCAUAUGCUAGAAGAACAUGUUUGCCCUUUUCUUCGACAAUGGCACAUGGGCCUUGGAUUCUACGGUGAACAAGGGAUUGAAGGAAUACACUCUGAAUUCAAUACCCAGUCCCAGCAUUUUGACCAUGUGAAGAAAAAGGACACGAGAUUGCGUCAAAUCCUUGUCAACCAUCACAUUGCCACGAGUCCGGAACUAGCAGGGAAAGCUCCCAAACCUAAAGAAAGAAUUUUAAAACGAAAAGCGAACGAGUAAAACUCUUUCCUUUUCAAUAGCAAUGUAUCGGUUCGAUGACUAAGAACGAGUACUAUGUGUGUAAAUAUAGUGUAAUUUAUUUGCUCAACUUCUAAUUUAGACGAAUAAAAGUGUUACUACAAU